AUGGGGCGGGCGCUGCUGGGUGCUGCGCUGCUGUUUGUGGGGGGCGCUCUCCUCUCCUCCGAGCACCCCUCGCUCCCCGGGAGGAACGGGCUCGGCCCCUUGCAGGGACAGGCCGCUGGUCCUGGGUGGGCCAGAGUGGCGCGCUGGCAGCAGUUGGACGAGGCCCAGAAGGAAGAGCCGGCAGCAAAGGGCAAUUGUGGAACAGCACCGCUUAGGGAUAUGUUGCAAGGGUCUCGGAUUGUAGGGGGCUCAGAUGCUCAAGAUGGUGCAUGGCCAUGGAUAGUUAGUCUACAGAUUCGAUAUGGACGUUUUCUUGCUCAUAUAUGUGCAGGAAGCCUAGUGAAAGACAGGUGGGUUCUCACAGCUGCCCACUGCACUAGAGACGCUAGAGAUCCUUUACAGUGGAGAGCUGUGAUGGGAACCAAUACAGUAAAUAUGAGUCAAGCAUACACCAAGAGGAUAAAAGUUAAAGCAAUCAGUAUUCAUCCAGACUUCAUUAUGGAAACUUACGAAAAUGAUAUUGCACUUUUUUAUUUAAAAAAACCUGUGAUGUUUAAUGACUAUAUACAGCCUAUUUGUCUACCUUUUGAUGUUUUCCAAAACCUGGACGAAAACACAAAGUGUUUUAUAAGUGGCUGGGGAAGAACAAAAGAAGAAGGUAAUUAUAGUCUGAAUUUUACUGAUAUAAAUCUUUCUGAUUACUGGUACAGGAGGGGUGACAGUGGUGGACCAUUAAUGUGCUACUUACCGGAACAUAAACAAUUUUUUGUGAUGGGAAUUACCAGUUAUGGACAUGGCUGUGGUCGAAAACAUUUUCCCGGUGUCUACAGUGGACCAUCCUUCUUCCAAAAGUGGCUAACAGAUCAUUUCUCCCAGGGAAGCACUAAAUGCAUAUUUGAUGUACAUAUUUUAAUUGGAGAGAUCCUCAUAGCUUUAGGUUCUAGCAUCUUACUAGCAACAAUAUAA